AUGCCUCCCCGUCAGAACAAGACCACCCCGAAGGCCGUCGCGCUGAAGGCCACUCCCGUUCCUCCCGGCGCUCCCACUCGCCGUCAUACCCGCACUAAGUCAAAGGGUGGCAGUGAAUCGCUCAAAUAUGAUGGAGGUGGUGGGAACAAAAAGGGUGACUAUGAUAUGGAGCAGGACGAAGUCUCUCCGACACCCAAGCCCAAGCCCGCUCCGAAGAAGAAAGGCGGGCUUCCUAUCAAGGCCGAGAAGGUCGUUGGGCGUCGCCGCCCCUCACUCCGUCCCAUCAAGCGCAAGCCUGAGGUCGUCAUCACGCGUCCCCGUACUCGCGGGCAGGCUUCGGCUUCGAAGGCGGCGGACUCCGACAUUGAAGUCACUUACGACGGCACUGUCGAGAGCGGCCCGUCUAUGUCCGCCGUCGACAACGACGACGAGGACGACAAACCCCGCAUCAAGUCCGAAGACAACGACCAUCGCCACAAGGACGACCACAGUAUGGACGAGGAGACCGAAGCGGAGGAGGACAACCAGAUAGACGGCGAGGAGGAAGACGGCGAGGAGGAAGACGGCGAGGAGGAAGACGGUGAGGAGGAGGAAGACGGUGAGGAGGGUGACGGUGGUGACGACGAGGAGAAGGAGGAGGAGGAGGAGAAGGAGGGUGAGGGUGAGGGUGGGGACGACGAGGACGAGGAGAUGGAGGACGCGGAUGGCGCGGUGGCCAACGAUGAUGUUGACGAGAAUGGCAAUGUCCACGGCUUCAUCAACGACGGCGAGGUUGAGGAGGAGGAGACUGACGAUGAGAUGGAUGUGGACAGUGACGAGGAGGCGGAUGGCACUGCUGAUCCCAGGCCGGCGCAAAUAUCGGAACCGUGUCGUGCUUCGAAGACAAAGCGGACGUCCGACAACCUCUCUGACGCCGAGGACCAGCCCGCGACCUGCAAGCGUUGUACAUCCGAAAGCGUCAAAUCCCAGGCCUCUGCUCAGGCGGCGCCCAAGGUCAUCAAGGCCACAGGCUUCACGGCAAAGGUCGACCUUCGCUUCAAGGCUGAUCCGAAGGUCAAGGCGGCGCCGAAGGUUGUGAACACGCAGCAACCUGAGGACAACAAGGUCAAGCCCAGGCAUACUGUGGCGCGCAAGCCCCGGAGAAAGCAGUAUGUCGAGGUCGCAGAAGUCGCGCAGGCUUCGGUACCUGAUGUGCGGCCUAUGAAGGAGAACCCCGAGCUUAUGGCUGCGCUCGCCGGCAAGAAGGUCAAGAAGGCUCCCGCGAAGAAGGACAAAGGCAAGGGCAAGGAGCGCGCCAAACCUGCUAAGACCGGCGAGGAGCCGACCGCCUCUACGUCAAAGCAGGCCGAGGACGUGCUGGCUGAGGACGUGCCGGCCGCUGCGCCCGUUAAGGCAGACACGAAGCCCGAGAAGCCAAGUGAAGACGUCGAGCCACAGGAUGAGGGUUGCGAGGUCACGGACAUCGACCUUCAGUGUGACCUGCUCAAGGGCACGUACAAGGGUCUUGGGGGGCUUCUGCACACAAAAUUUGCGUUCACGAACGCGCCGCAGAUGUGCAGCCUCGCCGUCAUCACCAAUGACAAGCAAUUCGAGGGUUACAGCAGCGUCCUCAUUGUAGCUGUUGUCACCACGGCUUCUGGCACUGGCAUGGCGCUCUGCCCGAAAGGUGCAAAGACUGGAGAGGUUGCGGACUGCGUCUUCUUCGGCUUUGUGGCCGCGAGCAACCUCAUCGACGGUCGCAAGUACACGGCCAACGGCCUGACAAAGCAGCUCAAGGAGCUGCAGCUCAUGAUGCUCGGCCAAGAGCAAGAGCGCGCCUUCGCCAUGCUGUCGGCUGUCUGCAAAGGCAAGCAGUAUAACGUCCCCGUCACUGAAGGAGGUGCCUUUACGUUCUUGACGAAGCAUACCACCGUCGGCGAGAACGGCGAACCCGACGCCAAGAAUGCUGGUCUAGGAAGCACGUUCUUGACGAAAGCGGCGAAACCCAUGCCCCGUGGAGUUUGCCACCCUGACAUUAUUCGUCGCACACGUGAGGGUACGGACACAGUUCCGGUGUUCAACUCCACGGCCAACUUCUGCGAGGAGUGCCUGCUGGGGACGCGCCUCAAGGCCGAGGACUUUCUGUUGCAGCGCGUGAAGGCUGAUCCGAACUUCAACGCGGAGAUUCCUCAAGGCUCUCUCGUCGCCGUGCACAGCACGGUCUCCAUCUACACUGGUCGUGGCGGGAAGAAGUUCGUCUCAUUCAACCUCCUGGCGGUUCAGAUCAUCGCUCUGCCAAAGAGCGCGUAG